AUGAAUCAGGGAAUCUGGAAAGUUUACAAGAGCAAAGUGCUGAGGAGUUUCAGAGCUGAUGAGGAGGAAGAAGUGAAAGAACAGAAUAAUGACACCGUGAUUGAUAUGACUACGGAUGAAGGCUCCAGUUCUGUCUCACAGUUGGCAAAAAAGGUACAAGGGGCUAGUGCAAAAGGAUGGAAAUGCAUGUCCUCACUUUUCAACAAGGAUGAUGAACACAAGUUACUUCCAACUGAGAACACUGCCCCAGUCGAACAUGUCCUUUCAGAGCCGGCGCCGAAAGAGCCCGAGAAGAAACUGACCGGGUUCUGGGACGCGUUCGCCACCAAAUGGAACCAAACCUCCGAGGCCAACAAGGUCAGCGACGGCGCCGGAGAAGGUGAGGCCGAGGCGGCUGCAAUCCCCGCACACGAUGAAGAUGGAGGGACCGAGAACACAGCCAGUCCCGGGGCCUACACCAACCUGGAGGCGACCAGCGACCCCGGCUUCAAGUGGAACUUUGUAACCAGCAAGUUGGCGGAACUGAAAAAUAGAAACAUGCAAAAAAGCAACUAGGCACACACCCACAAGAGGGAGGGGGACGGCCAGGGGAAGGCUCCUGAAAACAGACAGCAACAGAGGGAAGUAUCAUAAGAACAUCACGAACGUGACAAAAUCCCAUUAGAUAGCGACGUCGGUGUAAAAUAACAGGGAGUUAUAGAAAUAAAACCCGGGCGCUGCUGUUUGAAAUAA